UGGCAUUUACGAUUCCUUACGCAUUAAAAAAUGACAACGUCGUCAGCAGGUGGCGCAGCGGCGUCGCUGAAGGCGGUUCUUGAUCGCGUCCAUAAGGCCGCCGAGAGAUCAAACCAGAACGUAAAAGAAAUUCGAGUAGUGGCGGCGAGUAAGACGAAGCCAGUUUCUGCUCUCCAACAGGUGUAUGAUGCUGGCCAUCGAUGCUUCGGCGAGAAUUACGUUCAAGAAAUCAUCGAUAAAGCUCCUCAGCUUCCGGAAGAUAUUGAGUGGCAUUUCAUUGGAAAUUUGCAGAGCAAUAAAGUUAAGCCUCUUCUUGCUGGUGUUCCCAACCUUGCUUAUGUAGAGUCUGUAGAUGAUGAGAAGAUAGCAAACCUACUUGAUCGUGCUGUAGCUAAAAUUGGCAGGAAACCAUUGAAAGUUUUUGUUGAGGUGAAUACAAGUGGAGAAACAUCUAAAUUUGGCGUCGAACCAGCCUUGUGUGCAGACCUUGUAAAACAUAUUGUUACAAAUUGCCCAAACCUGGAAUUUUGUGGCCUAAUGACAAUUGGCAUGUUGGAUUAUUCAUCCACCCCAGAAAAUUUUAAGACAUUAUCCAGAUGUAGAAGUGAAGUUUGCGCAGCAAUUGGAAUAUCAGAAGCACAAUGUGAGCUGUCAAUGGGCAUGACUUCAGACUUUGAGCAAGCUAUUGAGAUGGGAAGUACAACUGUUAGGAUCGGAACUGCCAUAUUUGGGCCCAGAGAGUAUCCACAGAAAGAAGAGAAGUAGCUGCCCUCAUUUUGAGUCUUAUUUAGGUGAUCUUGUGGUGCUUAUAGAUUCCCAUGUCGAAGUUCUACAGCACCAUGAACAAAUUAUUUUAGCUGGAAAUAAAUAUGCUCAUGAGCUUGAUGGUAGUAGUUAACAAGCUCCGGAUGAGCUGUGUUUUCAGAAUAAUCUUCGAGGCCAAACAUUAUAUGUAUUGUUGCUUGUAAAAUGUAAAAACCAACCCUUUUUACUGAACCAGAACUAAGAUAGUCUAUUUUUUCAAAAGAGAAUUAUGAUAAUGUUGAAAAGUUACAACCUUGUAUAAUCAAUUAUGGCAAUGUUUGUUAUCA